AUGGCGUGCUCGUCGAGCGUCCUCGCGUCGGCGCCGGCGCCGCCGCGCGCGUCGUCGUCGCGGCGUCCCCGCGCCGUCGCCGCCCGCGCGUCUUCGUCUUCGUCGUCGGCGUCGGCGGCGGCGGCGUCGGCGGCCGCGCUCGUGCUGUACACGAAGCCCGGAUGCUGCCUGUGCGACGGCCUGAGGGAGACGCUCGAGGUCGUGAUGCGCGGCGACAGCGGCGUCGCCGUGAGCCCCGAGCUGGCGUCGCUGGGAGGCGGCGUGGAGACGCGCGACGUGUCCACGAACGACGCGUGGGCGGCGCGGCACGCGAUGGAGGUGCCCGUGCUCGCGCUGUCGUUCCGCGCGGAGGGGGAGGGGGAUGGGGAGGAGGAGGAGGAGGAGGAGGUGGAACUUCCGAGGCCGUCGCCGCGGCUCGCGCCCGCGCGGCUCGCCAUCAGGCUGAGCGCGGACGUCGCGAGGGCGAUGAAGAAGAAGGGCGGCGGCGCGACGAGCGCGUCGUCGGGGACGGACGACGAGGAGAAGAAGAAGCCGGGCGGGGGAUGGGCCGUCGUCAGCGAGCGGCCGUUCUAG